GUCUGCCUCGGCAGUGGCAUCAGUGGAAAGGUUUUCCAAUGUGUCCACAAAGCUACGGGAAGGAAGUGUGCAUUAAAGGUAUUGGGUGAUGAUGCUAAGGCACGAAGGGAAGUGGAGUUGCAUUGCCGCGCUUCCGAGUGUCCGAAUGUCGUAAAAGUCCUGGAUGUUUACGAAAAUAGUAAUUCAACCACUGGUCGCAAUCACCUAUUGUUGAUAAUGGAGUGCAUGGAAGGCGGUGAAUUAUUUAAUCGAAUUCAAAGUCAGCAUCAACAUGGAUUUACUGAGAAUGACGCUGCAAAAAUUGUAUAUCAAAUAGCUAAUGCAAUUGCUUACUUGCAUAGAAUGAAUAUCGCCCACAGAGACCUUAAACCCGAAAACUUGCUUUUUGCCUCUCAUGCACCUGACGCCCCACUUAAGUUAAUUGAUUUUGGUUUUGCCAAGGAAAUAUUGCCUGGAACUUACCUCAGUUCGCCCUGCUUUACUCCAUAUUAUGUCGUUGGUUUACAAAGUUUUACGUUCUGUGUAGCUCCCGAAGUUUUCGGACCCAGUAACUAUGACAAACGUUGUGAUAUCUGGUCACUUGGAAUAAAUAGAUUAUGUGGAUAUCCCCCAUUCUACAGUCAGGGCGGUGAUCCUCUGUCGCCCGGAAUGAAAACUCGAAUCCGAAAUGGACAGUACACGUUCCCUCCAGGUGAAUGGAGCGCGGUUUCCAAUGAGGCCAAGGACCUCAUCCAGAGACUUCUCAUCGUAGAACCCGAACGGCGGUUGACAAUAGAGCAGGUUAUGCAACAUCCCUGGAUUGCGAGACAUCAAUUAAUUCCGCAGACACCGCUCACAACUGUGGAGGUUCUGAGCGAAGAGCGUGACAACUGGAUAGAAGUUCAGGUAAGUCCCAUUAUUGUUAUGAUUUGCCCUGCUCCGUAA